GAACGGGGUGCUGGGUUGGUGUAUUCAUUGUUGCAUGCCGUGUGGGAGGGACAAUGUCUAUAUAGCAAAAUUGAGGACACCACACACACACACACACACACACACACACACACACAUAUAUAUACGAGGUUAGGUAAGGCCAAAGAGAGCAAGAGCAGAUGACAUGGGGCUAUUUUCCUUCUCCCGUUAUAUCAUUAUGGUAUUAUUACUCUCUGCAGCAAUCUUGGCCAUGCAGCCUUACCAAAUCAGUGCAGAUAAUACCAAAGCAGGAAAACUAGCUAGUGAUCACAGACUCCCGCCAAGUCCUCCCCCUCCUCCACUUUCAAACGUGGGUCCUCAUAUUUACAAGCCACCCCCAGCGCCAUCGCCACCACCACCGCCACUGCUACCGCCACCACCACUUCAUAUUGGAGCAAGAAAACUACUAGUUAAUUUCGCGCAACAUCGCACCUUGCCAAGUGGCCCCACUUCACCAACGGCAAACCAGCGAAUAACUCAUUUGCCAUAACAUCGAUCAUCCUAAACGUAAGUGCACCAAAACCAAAAACCGGACAACCUCUGCAUGCAUAUCCAUGCAUACGUACGUACAUAUAUGGUUAUAUAUAUGUUAGCCCUCAUGCAUGUAAAUUAGGUGUACUGAAGUCUCUAAUAUAUCUUUAUUAGAAGAGAGUGACAAAGAGUUUGAUUAGCAUACGUUAUUAAAGCAUUAAGAGUGGAAUAUUUCUACAUCCUUUUUAUGGGAUCAAUAUAUAUAUAUAUGAUGUAAGAUUUGAGUGUUUCUCAAUGGUA